AUGUGGCCAAUCUCAAUAGCACUAGCCAUGUGGGAGGUAUUCGUGCCCAAAUGGGUCGGACGAAAAUUCGACACGAUUGGAGAGCUAAGGCGCAAGACCGAUGGUAUAGUCUGCUCUCAAAAGCACGGGUGUGAAACAGCAUCAAAUCACCAACUCUGGGCUGUUACUAGGAAAUAUGAAUGUCUUACAGAGAAACUCAAU